UGGCUCCGCAAAACUUCUCCACGUCGCAUUCAUCCAGCGCUCGCUCUCUUCUCACGCACUACAACGCUUCAUCUUGGGAGGAGAAGAGGUAAACGACGCACGGAGCGGCUAGUGCGAGGCGAGCGGACGUACAGACAGGGACGAUGCAGGCCUGCUCUUGUCCGUCGACGUCGGCCUUUACGCUCAACUCCCCCGUGUGGGAUACGACGCAGCCACAGCAGCGAGCAUGGGUCGGGCCGGCUUUUGCUUAUGCGCUCCCGCCGUUGCUGCAGAGCGAAGGCAGAGAUUCAAGAGCCACGACAACGACAUUGCCACCGCGACUUCAGCAGCAGCAGCUCCUCGUUGUCCAGGCAAAAGAUCGACAUCCCCCAGUAUGCGAGACAGAUGAGUUUGGGUCCCCUGCGAGAGCACAAGACGUCAAUGCAACUGGCGGCGGAGACGGAAGCGAAAGAGGGAAAGGCAGAAAGGGAAAGAGUUGGAACUACAUUGUGCGAAGCGGCAUUGCUGGAGGCGUAGCGGGAUGCGUGGCAAAGACGGCCAUCGCGCCUUUAGAUCGAGUCAAGAUCCUUUUCCAGGCACAGAAUCCAGAGUACCAAAAGUACAGCGGCAAGUGGCUCGGCGUCUUCAAGGCCGGCCGAGAGAUCUUCAGAGAGCAGGGCCCCAUGGCCCUCUUCCAGGGACACAGCGCCACACUCCUGCGAAUCUUUCCCUAUGCCGCCAUCAAGUACAUGGCCUAUGACUCGCUGCACUUUGUCCUCAUGCCGACGAAAAAGGACGAAACGGCGGGCCGCCUCUUUCUGGCCGGGUCAGCGUCUGGCGUCUUGUCCGUCUUUAUGACCUACCCCCUCGAACUCAUUCGCGUCCGGCUCGCGUUUGAGACGAAGCGGAAGCGGCAAAAGGGCAGCUUGCUGCGCAUCAUAAAGAAGAUCUAUGCAGAAGGCGCGACCGAAGCGCCCUUCUCUGGUGACGCCCGUCGCAGAGCCGCACGGAGUGCUGCGAUGCAGUCUGCCAAUCUGAGCACGAGCGCUAUUCAGAACCAGGCCAUCGCCGAGGGUGCCACGGCUGCCUCUCCCGUCCCUACGUCGCCCAACCCAAGCGUGGCGGCUCAGACGACGAGCAAGCUCCUGACGCAAUACCCGCUCUUCAAGUUCUACAGGGGCUUCACCGUCACGGUGCUGGGCAUGAUUCCUUACGCCGGCACGUCCUUUCUCGUCUUUGGCCGAUGCAAGACGCUGCUCCAGACGGCGUUCCCUGCUCCGUUAUCGACUGACGAUGACGCCUUGCGGCAAAGAAGGCGGUGGUGGUGGCCCUCCAAGACGAUUGUCGACCUCGGUGCGGGCGCUCUGGCUGGUGCCAUCUCGCAGACAGCCGCCUACCCGUUCGAGGUCAUCCGCCGUCGGCAGCAGGUCGGCGGCAUCAUCCGACCGGGCAACAUGCUCGGCAUGUCCGAAACCGCCCUCUGGAUCUGGAGGACGAGCGGCUGGCGAGGCUUCUACGUCGGCCUCAGCAUCGGCUUCUUGAAGGUCGUACCCAUGACCAGUAUUAGUUUCGCCGUUUGGCUAGCGAUGAAGCGCCAGAUGGGCAUCUGAUUUCGUGUUCCCGCACUGCAACACAUGUAUACACCCUAGAGAAGGAUCGCUCAAUCUUCAUUCAAUGCUUU